AUGGAUCAUUGUACAGCUGUACAGGCAAUUUCGGCGCGGGUCGCUGAUUUUCACCGUCGCCAACAACCGUUUCGCAUCUACCAUGGCUCGACCAACAGUACACGCUCUUCGAACCACUCGAAAUCUACAACCGUCUGUACAGAGAAUCUCACCCGCAUCCUCCAGGUCGAUUCCAACAGAUUUACAGCAAUAGUGGAGCCUAACGUUCCCAUGGACGCUCUUGUGGCUGCCACGAAGGCCCACGGCCUGGUCCCCUUGGUAGUUCCGGAGUUCCCCGGAAUAACGGCCGGUGGUGCUUUCUCAGGGACUUCGGGGGAGAGCAGCUCUUUUCGGGAGGGCUUUUUUGACCAUACGGUUAACUGGGUUGAAAUGGUACUGGCCGAUGGGCAGGUGGUGAAGGCAUACAAUGAUCGCGUCGAGGGAGUCGAGGUCGAAGAGAAACGUGCGGACUUGUUCUGGGGCGCGGCAUCCUCCUGCGGUACUCUUGGUGUGGUCACACUGCUGGAAAUUCGCCUGAAAAAGUCUAAGCCAUUGGUGGAGCUGAGAUACUAUGUUCGCACCGAUAUGACCGAAGCAAUACGUGUCUUUGAACAAGCAGGCGCUGAUCCCCAGACUGAGUUCUUGGAUGGUAUUGUCUAUUCUCGGAAUAAGAUUGUUGUUUGUGCGGGACGACAGGUUGAACACCGUCCCAGUCUCAAAGUUCAGCGCUUUACUCGUCGUGAAGACGAUUGGUUUUAUUUGCAUGUUGAACGUAUUACAUCUGCGGUCUCUAGUCCAGACGGUUCUCACGAGCCACAUGCAGUGGACUAUAUUCCUCUAACAGACUACCUCUUCCGCUUUGACCGGGGUGGCUUUUGGGUUGCCCGUUACGCCUUCCACUACUUUUGUGUUCCUUUCGUUUUUGUUAUGCGCUGGCUUCUCAACCGAUUCAUGCACACCCGGGUGAUGUAUCACGCCCUACAUGCCAGUGGACUUGGACGACAGUACGUCAUCCAGGAUGUGGGUGUACCGAUAUCCGCCGCCGCAGAGUUCCUAGACUGGCUGGACUCCCCUAAAAACUUUGGUCACUAUCCGCUCUGGCUCUGUCCAUUACCCCCAGGAAGUGCUAGUGGGUUGGAAGGACAGCCCGCCGAUGAUGAGGAAGCCGAUGUGGAUACACAAAGGACAACUCUCCUUAAUUUCGGAAUUUGGGGGCCCGGCGCAACCACAGAUCAGGCGGGAUUCAUGGCUCAGAACCGACAGCUUGAACAUAAGGUUCAAAGUCUAGGAGGGAAAAAAUGGCUGUAUGCACGUGCCUACUAUACAGAAGAUGAAUUCUGGGCCAUCUAUAACAAGCCCAGGUAUGAUGCACUACGAGAAAAAUAUCAUGCACAGCAUCUCCCAACUCUGUAUGACAAGGUGCGAGUGCGUCCUACCGAUCUGCCUGGUGUGCAUCGAGGAGAACUUGGCAGUGGUUGGAAAGGGUUCGUUAAACGUGGCCUUUGGGAUGUUUGGCCAUUCUGUGGAUUAUACGGAGUCUACAAAGCCUGGAGAGGAGGCAAUUAUUUAUUACAAAAGGAAAAGCACGAAAAGAAAAGUGAUUGA